GAGACUAACCAGUAAAGUCUCAAAGAGAGGGAGAGAGUAAUAAGUAAAGACCCCUUCUAAAGCAAAAGGGUUAAUGGAGAAGAGAGAGAAAGUAUCUGUAUAUGAAUGAUUGAGAGAGAGAGAGAGAGAGAGAGAGAGAGAGAGAGAGGCGUUAAGGGCCGGUGCUUUUUGCUAAGCUUUCUCAGCCCUGGCCUCGUCUAUGCUGUAUUCGGCACUUGGAGUUUGGGUGGAUUCAAGUUCUGGGGGACAUCUCGUCUACAGCCUAUUGCCUUUUGGAAACCACACCUUCCUCUUCUUAUAGUCUUAGGUUCUUGUUUCUCUGAAGAUUAUUAUAUGUAUUCUGUAUACACCUGAUCCAGAGAUAUAAGAACUGUGAGGGGAAAGAAAAAAAAGAAGUCUUGUGCCACUAUUUAUAUAAACCCAGAUGUGAUACAUAUAGAUUAGAUAGAUAUACGCAUAUAUAUGAAGAGUGGAAGAACAGAUGAUGGGAUUUGCUGACAGGAACCCAAAUUCCGGUUUCGAUGGGGAGAGAUGACCAGUGAAGCUAGACUGUCAUUUGUAGAUACGAGGAAAGAUCGGAGAAAUCCGGAUCUUCGAUCUUCUGCAGACCAACAACGGAGGAGGAGAAAGAGGUAAACACUAAUUAAGAAACGGUAUGUGGGAUCUCAACGACUCACCUGAUCGGAGGAGAGACGAGGAGUCGGAGGGCGGCUUCUCUGUAGACGGAAACGAUGAGAAGGGGAAAGGAGUUGGAUCCGUUUCCAAUGACAAUUCGAGUUCUUCUGCUUUGGUUAUCGAAGAUGGAUCGGAGGAAGAAGAGGAAGAGGAUGGCGACGAUGGUGAUGAAGGAACGCGUGGGAAGAAGAACAGUAAGAUCUUUGGUUUCCCUGUGAUGACCCAUAACGACAACAACAACAACAACUAUGCUUCAGAGAGUGACCAGGUCGUGACUCGGCAAUUUUUUCCUACGGAGGAACCGGAAAUGGGGACGACCCAGGGUGCUGCUUCCUCUCCUUUCCCAAGGGCUCACUGGGUUGGCGUUAAAUUCUGCCAAUCUGAACCCCGCGCCCCAACUGCUAGGGCCGCCGCCGAGGUUUCGCCGCCAAUGAAGAAGAGUCGCCGAGGGCCCAGGUCUCGAAGCUCUCAGUAUCGUGGUGUCACCUUUUACAGGAGGACCGGCCGUUGGGAGUCUCACAUAUGGGACUGUGGAAAGCAAGUUUAUCUGGGUGGAUUCGACACUGCACAUGCAGCUGCCCGUGCCUAUGACAGAGCAGCUAUCAAGUUUCGGGGAGUUGAAGCAGAUAUAAAUUUCAGUAUUGAAGAUUAUGAGGAAGAUAUGAAACAGAUGAAAAAUUUAACAAAAGAGGAAUUCGUACAUGUUCUCCGCCGCCAAAGCACCGGGUUUCCGAGAGGAAGUUCCAAAUUCAGAGGCGUUACCUUGCACAAAUGUGGAAGAUGGGAAGCUCGCAUGGGCCAGUUCUUGGGCAAAAAGUAUGUGUACCUGGGCUUGUUCGACACCGAGGUUGAAGCAGCCAGGGCUUACGAUAAAGCUGCCAUAAAAUGCAAUGGGAAGGAAGCUGUGACUAACUUCGAUUCCAGCAUUUACGAAAACGAGCUCGAUUUGGCUGAAAAUGAUGCCGGGCACAAUCUGGAUUUGAGCUUGGGCAGUUCUACUUCAGCCUCUAAAAGGGGAGCUCGUGAAUCCGGGGAUGACAAUCGAUCAAGCGCUACCAUGGACUAUCAAUCCUCUUCUUCGCCGAUGCCAUUUGAACCAGACUGGGUAACUGGCAAUGGGGGUUUCAGGCACACCCAUUUCAUCCAAUCUCCGGUUAUCUCCUCAUUCAAGCCUAAUGAGUUGCAGAGAUAUGGGUCAUUGAGCAGAAGCGGGGAAGCUUCAGCGGUUCACAUCCUGCAACACCAUUACCAUCCUCCAAAUUAUCAAUUUGGUGGUGGUGGAGCUGGAGGGCUGUCUCUAGCUACAGGAGGAGACACACAGCAAUGGCAAUCGGGUUGGAACAACAGAGGGGGCAGUAGUAGCAGUAGUAGUAAUAUAAAUGGUCGCUGGGCAGCUUCAACUGCUGCUGCUGCUGCUGGAUCACCCCAUCUGUUCGCGACCCCUGCUGCAGCAUCAUCAGGAUUCCCAUCAUCCCCGAUAAUAAAACCCCCAAACUGGCUGCACAAGAAUGACUUCCACUCUCUCAUGAGACCUAACUGACACCCAUCCCUUUUUCCUAUCAAGUCUUUCUGCAUCGCCAUCUCUCUCUUGAUAGAAUCCUUCAGUUGAGAGUUAAGCCACACAUCUGUUGGUCGGCAAAGGCACUACCAACUCCAUGUUUUUCAGCAGUGAUUGAUAAAAGAAAGGAAAAGAACCUCCGCAGAGGGCCCAAAACCCAGGCCACAAAAGAAGAUUGAAAUGUGCAGUAGCCAAUUGCUAAUACAUCUGCAGCAGCUCUUCUGGUUUUUUUUUUUUUUUUGGGAGGUUGGGUCAUUGGUCAAACAAAAAAACUAGCAAUGAAGAAAUUUCUGACACGUUUGCUGAUCUAAUCUGAUUUUAUUUGAUACCAAAUCUUCUCAGUACUCAAGAGAGUAGACCCCUCACGUUUUUUCCUUUUCCUAAUUGUAAUGUCUAUAUUUAUACUUACGUUCAGCAUUAUUAUAUUGAUAUUGAUGAAUUAGGCUA